GGCUUACACAACAACAGUCUUUGUCGGUGUUUUCGUUUGAUCACAGUUUGUUAAUACUUUUUGCUUUGGUUUUGUGUUGUAGCAAAUGGGUAACGUAUUUAAAUUAAUUCGAAACUGGCUUAGUAGUCAGCCAGAUGGUGAUGCCAAAAAUGUAACUCAUUUGGAUCAAAGCAGUUGUAUUUCAACUGACCCACCAGUUUAUUCUUGGGACAACAAAUCUGAAGUUGAAACAAACCAACUUCGUCUGAACCAUUUGAACGAACUGUACAUUUUUCGAAACAUCGUCUAUCAAGGACAACAGUUUAAGAUUGAAAAUUGCUUGCGUUCGCUUAUCCUCGUUACAGGUUUCUUCGACAGCAUUUUUGUCGACGAUUGUAAAGAUUGCAAAAUCAUUUUGGGACCCGUUAAAGGCAGGUAGCAGUCCAGCACAGUAGUUCGAAUCACAUGUCAAUCAAGAUAGUUAAAAAGGUUGCUGAGAUAUGUUUUGUUUUGAAUUUUAGUAUUUUCUUGCGAAACUGCAGUCAUUGCGUUAUAGUGGCGGCUUGCGGACAGUUCAGAACUAGAGACUGUACUGACGUUACCUGCUAUCUGCUUUGCGCAACUCAACCGAGCAUCGAAAUGUCUACCUUGAUGAAGUUUCAGUGUAUUUCACUCGAUUAUCUGGGAUUACAUGGUCACCUUGCCAACGCUGGACUAAACUCGAUUAUUGUUAAUCGAUGGUCAGAUGUAUUUGAUUUUACGCCUACUUCGUUGGAAACUAACUGGAAAUGUUUGGCGAUUGAAGAUCGUUUUGAGGAUAAUCUAAAUGAAGAAGAACUAAUAUACUGUACCGAUCACCAAAUUGUCUUUGAUCGGACACUUUCAGUCUUACCAUUCGAUCACCCGAUGGUACCCGUUAACUGUAAUUCAUAUGCAGCUUCCUCUACUCCCAUCGUCUGGGAUAAUUCAGAAAAUUUUUGCAAUUUGUUAGCCUCUAGCCUAAUCCUAAAAAAACGAUAAACUUUUCCUAAAACUAUUACAUGUCUUAUACUUUCAAUUUAAACAAAUAUAAAUAAAAAAAUUUAGCUUUUUGCUUUCA